AUGUCUCCAGUGCUCAGACUAGGCGUCGACGUCGGUGGAUCGGUCACCGACACCGUCCUCAACCUCACCCACACCCUCGACUCCCACUCCCACGACGUCCAACAUAAAACAGUCCUCGCCUCCGCCAAGAGCCCUGCCACUCCCGAUGUGACGACGGGGAUUAGGAAUGCCAUCCAGUUUGUAUUGCAAAAGGUGCCGGAGGACGCGAAGAAGGUUAUCGAGGCGUGGAGUAUCGGGACUACCAAUGUUGACAAUGACUGGGCCGACAUGAGCUUUGAGAAAGCGGCGGAUGAGUUGGGGUUGGGGGAACGGCCGGUGUUUGUGACGAGCAAUGAUGGGACGUUGUUGAGCUGUGAAGAGGCGCGGAGGUUCGUCGGGGCCUACAAACUCGAUGAGAGCCGCCGGGUCCUGGCUUCGUUGGAGUCAGGGAAUAAACCGGGCGUGAAGGGCGAGGCGGCGUUGGUCGUCGAUAUCGGGGGGACUACUCCUUUCGUGUGCAAUUGGGACGAUAGACCGAAGUCGGGAUGUUACUCCUCACACGUCUCCUCCCACCUCACCCUCCCCUCCCACUUCCCCCUCCUCACCCGAACCAGCAGCAUCGGCCUCGGCGGCGGUUCCCUCAUCCGUCAAGACCCCUCCACCGGCCGCGUCAUCAUCGGCCCCGACUCGGUCGGAUAUAGGAUAACGGAGGAAGCGCUCGUGUUUGGCGGGAAGACUUUGACGGCGACGGACCGAGUCGCAUAA